UCACCUCCAUGAUGUUCUCAUUAUGUCUGUUAAUGAACUGCAGGAACACGAGUUUAACGAGUUCGAAACCAAUUAGGGAAACAUCUAAGAAUCACACGGAUGAGGUUGACAAUGAGCCGGUGGUGGCGAGGGUGGAGACUAAGGCCACGAUAAUCAAACCGGAGACGAACGAAACGAAACCAGAACCGGUGAAACUGACUGUGAAACAGGGCAUUACGAUGAAUCAAAUUUUAAGUGUGUACGCGUUAAGCGAUGCGUCCGAUCAACGCUGCAAAAACCACUCGUCCGAGUUUGCAAAUGGAUUGAGAGCGUUCCGACCGUGGGCACUUAAAAUGUUCGACUCUUCUUCGAAGCUUCAGUCCGGCAUCCUCCUGGGAAACUUGGUGGAGUAUGGAAGCUUCCAACAAUGCCUCGAAAUAUACGAAAACACUGACUCCGGAGUGAUACGUGGAAAGCACUGCAAUUUAAAAAUUGUUCCCAGUCUUAAACUGAUCAAAACAAUUCUCUCUUACAGAAACAUAUCAGAACAAAGAUUUAAAAAGGUCUACAUUUUUGUGCAAAACUCAACGUUUGACUGGUCUGUUUGUGUGCCAGACUCCUGUGACCACAAAGAAGUUUUAACACAUUUUGAAAAAGUUGUUUAUUCUUUAUCUGAAGGGUUGGACAUUACUGUAACACUUGAAGAGGAGGACUGUUACACAAUAUUUUCAAACAAGCCUCUAACUACCAUCGAAUGGGCAGUCAUAGGUUCUUUCGCAGCAUUUAUUGGAGUUUUAGUCAUUUGUACAAUAAUUGACACGUACAUGAUCGAGGAAGAAGCUUUGAAACACAAUCUUAUCAUUAUAUUCUCUUUGUGGAGGAACUCCAAAGAAAUUUUCUCCAAAAACAAAGGGGACCAAACAUUAGAUUGCGUCCAUGGUAUACGAUUCUUGAGUACUAGCUACGUCAUCAUUGGACACAGAUAUCUCAUGAUGAUGUUCUUUCCCGUCAUUAAUAGCCUCCAAAUUAUGACUUGGGUUCUGUACUACAGAAGUACCGUAAUCACUGGAGGUACUUUGUGCGUAGACAGCUUUUUUAUGAUAAGUGGCAUGUUGGUCAGCUUGGGUUACUUUAAACUACUGGAAAAGACUGGACGGAUGAACUGGGCAAUGUUUUACAUUUACAGGUAUCUGAGGAUCACUCCUCCUUUAGCUGUUGUGGUGUUGUGGUACUCCACACUGAUUCAGCACUUUGGUUCUGGUCCUUUAUGGAACGACAUGCUGGAUAUUAUACAAAAACCUUGCCAGGAAUAUUGGUGGGCUACUAUUUUGCACAUCCAGAACUACGUUCAUCCAUUUCCACUUUGCAUGACUCAAACGUGGUACUUGACCUGCGACAUGCAGUACUAUUUCCUGUCACCGUUCCUUUUAAUUGCUUUAUCCAAAGGAACGGUUAUUGGAGGAAUGGUUUGUUUUGCAGCAUUUGUCGGUUCAAUCGCAAUUAACUUUUAUCUAGCCUGGAUACACGAGUACAGUGGUGGCGUGCCAGUAACUAACUCAUUGUUUAGCACCAAGUAUUUCCAAUACCACUACAUAACGCCACAUACCAGAGCUUCGACUUAUAUCAUUGGACUUGUGCUUGGCUACGUGAUCCACAAGACCAGAAACAUCAAAGUGGAAAUGUCCUAUUUAACAGUCAUACUGGGGUGGAUUUUGUGCGUGGUUGUAAUGUUAGCAUCACUUGUUGGUUGUCAUUCUUUUCACGCAGAAGAAAGCGUUUAUAAUCGCUUUGAAUCCAGCAUCUUCUUGUCGUUUUCGAGGUCGGCUUGGACCUUCGGAGUUGUAUGGGUCGUCUGGGCCUGCAUCAAGGGACACGGAGGUCCCAUAAACGUGAUUUUAUCUCAUCACACGUUCCGGGUUCUGGGCAAGAUUAGUUACGGGAUGUAUCUGCUGCACAUGCAGAUGCAGUACAUGAUGAGCGGAGCAAGGAAACAGCCAGGAUAUUUUUCCGACUUCGAUGCGUUGUACUCUUCGUUUGCUGAUUUAUUUAUAAUGGUUAUAAUCGGAUUUAUUUUCACCGUAUGUUUCGAAUCUCCGCUAAUUAAACUGCUCUCCAUUUUUAUAUUAGGAGGGGCUGCCAAAAAGAAAAUAAAUCCCAAUGUAAACACAAAAGUUAUUGAUGUGAAAGAACAACAAUUAAAAGAAAAAAAUAAAGAGAAACUAUUUACUGUAACUUAGUUAACUAAGUAAAAUCUGUAGUAAAAAAUAUUUGUAUAGUAAUAAAAGGGUUAAUUUCGGUUCUGGCCUAAAAUUUACUUUAAUAAAAUUGGAAACAUG